CUUUAACAAGACACUAGCUUCACUUUCUCCUGUUGGAAGUACGAUCUGCCUUUCUCUCCUUGCAGAAAAUGGCAUCCUACAAAAUUUUUGCUUUUACAGCUUUGCUUCUGGUUUUGUUUCCUAUAGCUGCUAAAGGAGAUGGUGACUUAUCGCCUGCCCUGGCUCCUUUCUAUGAUAGGUUGUGUGAUGAAGUUGAGUGUGGAAAAGGAACAUGCAAAGCAGACAUAAGCUACCCUUUGAACUACAUCUGUGAGUGUGAUGCUGGUUGGAAGAGAACUAGAGACGAUGAUGACAAUGAUGAUGUUAGGUUUCUACCAUGCGUGAUUCCAAACUGUACUCUUGAUUACUCCUGCCAGCCAGCUCCUCCUCCAGUACCUGAGAAAGAAGUUCCUCACAAUUCAUCUUUCUUUGAUCCUUGCUACUGGACUUACUGUGGAGAAGGCACAUGCAACAAAACAGCAACAUACAAGCACGUAUGUGAAUGCAGACCUGGCUAUUCUAAUCUUCUCAACAAAACAUACUUCCCCUGCUACAGCCAAUGUACACUUGGAUCCGAUUGCUCCCGCCUUGGGAUUACAGUUGCAGAUCAAACAUCAACACCAGAUGGUGGAAAAGCUUACACAUUCCUGCCAGGGAAGCUUCACUGGGUGGCUGUUUUGAUGAUGUCCAUGGCUAUGGUUCUUUGGAAGUAGGAUGUGUGAAAAUAAAUCAGACCCUCAGCUCACCAGCAUUUAGUGUUAUCAUACGAGAGUCCAUUAUACUCAGAUAUUUGAUGCAUUGUUGAUUUGAUUAUUAUUCUGUCUUAUUCUUAUAUGUUGUUUUCUGUCUGUAUAAAUAAGUUAAAAAAAAAAAAGUGGGGCAUUGUGAGGGAUGAUCGUUGUGUAGAGAACUCUAUAAUGAUUAUUUUUUAGUAUAUAAUAUACCCCUUUUUGUUU